AGAUUAGCAGCAAUAUCCUACAAUACUGCACUUCCAGAUCAACUCUGAAUGUCUGUAUGAAACCACUAUGUUGCCAUGUAUUGUACUCGCACUUCUUCUGGUUCAAGUCAAAACUGUGUCUCAAGUUUUUGCUGUCUAUCAGAUGCCAUUACUAGAGGAAAUCCAGAUUGUGGCGUCCAUCUUGGAGAAGGGCAGAUUUCAAGUCUGGCAGAUGAAGGAUGUCAGUGCUGCAGCUAUGUUGGAUGAAAGGAUAUCUGCAGUAAUGCUUGUUCAAUUUAUUUUCUGCUCCGAUACAGUAACAUGCAUUUUAUACCCUUUCCGUCCUUGGACCCCAGAAAUAACAAUCGAUUUGUACAUUUUAGGCAGGGAUAAGAAAUUUGAUCAACCAAAUGUUUUAUACAAGGAAAAGAAGUUGGACGCAUUGAUAAUUGGAAUCUUGAUGUCUGAAAUACGUUGUAAUAAAUAAUUGAUUGCUGACUCACUGCUACAACGCAGUUUCAACCUGUUGCUCUUCCAGAAAAUUGCUUUUAAGAACGCUUCCAUAGCUUUCCUG